AUGUCGAAUCUCGAGGAAUGGGCGAGCGAAAAAUUAACCUCCUUUCUUGGACUUGACCGUGAAACUUUAGAGGGACAAAUAAUACCAUAUUUAUUAUCUUUUGACAAUGAAUCUGGUUUGGCUAAACAUUUAGAAGAAUUAUUGGGUGUAAACGACGGUAGCACAACUUUCAUUGAAGAAUUCAUUGCUAAAAGAUUUCCUCCUCAAAAGCAAAUCACUACAACUCAGCAAACUCGUGUUCUUAAGACCCACCAGUUUCCAACACCUGCUAAACAAAAUCGACAGAAAGAUAGUCGAUCGUCAUCUCCCCAGCCGAAUAAAAAUGAUUCUCAAGAAGCGUGGCAAAGAGAUAAGAAUGCUUAUAUGAAAAGUAAAGAUGAUGAUGAAGAUUAUUUUGCUGGAAGUAAAAAAUCCAAAACUAAAAAUCUGACGCAGAUUAACAAAGAAAAUCCCACGACGACUGAUUCAUCAGCCUCCAAACCACCACUUCCCCCUCCUAAUCUUGAUCAACAAGAUUUAAGCAUAUCGAGUAAUUUUUUACAAUCGAGUAGACCUACAACGCCAAACUCCAUUUCUUCAACAUCACGUCCAUCAACGCCUACCAUUACUUCCAGUAAGAAAAAAGCGUCAAAUAAAUCAGCUAAGAAAAAACUGACUGAUUUAGAAAAGACGAUGAAAGAUUUAGAAAAAGAUCAAAGUAGUGACUCGAAGAGAGUCCCGUGCUCUUGUCAAGCGACAAAACAUCCUCUUUUGGAAGUUGCACCCAAUUGUCUGAAUUGCGGCAAGAUAAUUUGCACAUUUGAAGGAGUUGGACCAUGCACUUUUUGUGGGAGUCCUGUAAUUUCGCGUGAACAACAAUUAGAAAUUGCUAGGGAAGUAAGAAAAUUAAAGAAUACAACAAGUCAACAACAAAAAUCGAUGAAGAAGAAAAAAGCUGGUGGUGGUUCGGUACCAUAUGCUGCCAAAGUAUCUGGCAAUUUUGCUGCUGUAACUGCGAGUGGAGGUUGGGUAGAAUUGGGUCAUAACGAAGAAGACGAAAAAAUUCAAGAUCAAAUUCGUGAAGAAAGACGCCGAGCAGCGGAAAUGCAUAAAGAGAAACUGUUAGAUUAUGAUCGAACGAGUGCAAAGAGGUCCAUUAUUAUCGAUCAAGCCGCAGAUUUCACACUUCCCGCUGAUCGCCCAAAUCUUUGGUUGAACGAGAAGGAACAGGCAGAAUUACAGAAAAAACAAGAAUCCAAUUUACGUAAAAUUCAAAAGAAAUCCUAUGAAAAACGCAGGGUAUAUUCACUUAAAGAGGUUAAUGGACGACAUGUGUUAGUGGAGGAAGUGCCGCCAAAUCUAGAAUUUAUUCCUGAAUUUAUAAAUUCAAAAUCAAAGACCGCCAAAAGUAAAGAUUCGGCUGCUCAAAAGAAUAAUGAAAAAAUUGAAGUAUCGAACAAGAAAAAAACUCCACGAGUUCAGGAUAUUGACGAAUAUUUCAAAGACACAGCAAUGUUUUCUGGUGGAACAGAAGUAAAUUUGGUUGAUAACGUGGAGCCUGAAUGCGGAUGA